GCCACUGAGCUCCUUUAAAUAUAAAUUAACUACGAACUGGUAUUGGUACCUCCCAUAUAACUUACAAGAAUAAGCACAAGCCUAGGAGAUUAUUUCUACAUCUUUCUCUGCCUUGCCUUAAUCUUGUAUAUUAUCAGAGUGCUUUACAAGACCUCGUGAGAUAUUAUUUCUGUUUUAUAGGUGAUAAAACUGAGGCUUAGAGCUGUGAAAUUUAUUGAGUUUGGGAAUCAGAAGUAGAAUCUUGGUCCCUUAGUACUUGGUUUAUCCCUCAUUCACUAGACCAGUGGCUCCCUGGGAAGACAAAUUUAUUCUCGAAUAGUAAAAUUGGUUUAAUACUGCAGAAUGAGAUGAGCCUUCUUGCUAAAUGGUUAGCAAGUGGUGGAUUUAUGGGUAUCCUCAGUUGAAGCCUUGAGGCAGUCUGUGGGAAAGAAGUCUUACAACUGACAGAUGGACUGAGUAUUUGACCGUGUCUGUGACUGUAGUUCUAGGAUCAGCAUUAGGGAUGAAGUUAUGGGCCGGGGGAGGAACUUAAUACUGCAGCAGCAUCCAGGAGGAGAAUAUUUAACGUGUAACGUCUUCAAAGAGUAAUGGUAUUAUAAUAAGACAACAACAGAACCACCGUUAAAGGUUAAAACUCUGAAAUACGUACAGAAAAGCAUAUUUCAGGGUAUCGCUGUCAAAGAAGAUCACAUUUAAAAACAAAAUGCUUCCCCUGUCACCUCUUCUUUUGCCAACAUCUAGGAAAGGCACAUGACUCUUUCAGUCCCUAGGCGGGGGCCAGGGAGCAAAGCCGGCAGCAGUAGGGCGGAUCUCAGGUGUUGUGAGUAAUGUAUGGAGACGGUUUUGGAAGGCCUCAUUUCAAGCAGCAUGCCGUUAUAGUGAAGGGAGUUUCAUUUCUGUGCCUUACCUGAGUCUGCUGCUAGGUCAUCCCAGUGAGCAAGGAACCCCCUGAGGCGUAGCCGGUAGUGAUUGCUGGGGCGGCUAGGUGUGGCCCCGGCCCCCUGCAAUCUCAGGCACACAAACCCUCUUUUUCCCGCGUCCCAGAGGUUUCCAAGCUGCAGAGUUAACGCAGCCCUGGGCCGCGGCCCCCCUGCGCUGUAAACAGCUUAGCGGCGGGGGAGGCAUGAGUUGAGUAGCUCCCGCAAUACAUGUCCGCCGUGGGCUCAGCUCCUCCCGUCCCAGACUCCCCCGCACGCCCGGGUGGGGUUUAUCCCCCGGCCCAGCGGGGGACGAGGGUGGCUUCGCGCCGGGCGGGGCGGCGGGAGGGGGCCCUGGCCUGGCCGGCGCCUGCGCUGUGGCCACCGCGGAGGAAGAUGCCGUCGGUUUCGAAAGCGGCUUCUCGAGGUAGCGGCUCCGGUGGGUCCCCGCAGACCGAGCAGCCGACGCACUAUACGUAUCUAAAGGAAUUUAGGACAGAGCAGUGCCCCCUAUUCUUGCAGCACAAGUGUACCCAGCACAGACCAUUUACCUGUUUUCAUUGGCAUUUCCUAAAUCAACGUCGUCGUAGACCCAUUCGAAGGCGUGAUGGGACUUUUAACUACAGUCCAGAUGUUUAUUGUACAAAAUAUGAUGAGACCACAGGAAUCUGUCCAGAUGGAGAUGAUUGUCCUUAUCUGCAUCGAACAACAGGGGAUACAGAAAGAAAAUAUCAUCUCAGAUAUUACAAGACUGGAACAUGUAUUCAUGAAACAGACGCUCGGGGCCACUGUGUGAAGAAUGGACUCCACUGUGCCUUUGCUCAUGGGCCUCAUGACCUUAGACCACCAGUAUAUGAUAUAAGGGAACUUCAGGCACAGGAAGCCUUACAGAAUGGGCAGCUAGGAGGUGGAGAAAACAUCCCUGACCUACAGCCAGGAAUUCUAGCUAGCCAAGCAAUGAUUGAAAAAAUUCUUAGUGAGGAUCCGAGAUGGCUGGAUACUAAUUUUGUAUUAGCUGGCUACAAGACAGAACAAUGCACCAAACCCCCGAGACUCUGCCGCCAGGGUUAUGCAUGCCCCCAUUAUCACAACAGCCGAGAUAGAAGACGGAAUCCCAGAAGAUUCAAAUACAGGUCUACUCCGUGCCCCAGUGUAAAACAUGCAGAUGAGUGGGGUGAACCUUCCAAGUGUGAAAAUGGGGAUAACUGUCAGUAUUGCCAUUCUCGUACUGAACAGCAGUUCCAUCCUGAGAUUUACAAAUCUACAAAGUGCAAUGACAUCCGCCAAACAGGUUACUGCCCGCGGGGUCCAUUUUGUGCAUUUGCACAUGUUGAAAAGGACACCAUGAAUGUAGUCAUACUGCAAACUGGUUGUCAAUCAAAGCCAGGCCCUCAUCUGUUUUCAGCAGACAGCGUAGGAAUUGCAAAUGAAUGGAGCAGCAGUCUUAACUCCACAAACAGCAUUACAAAUAACAAUGGGCAGUCUGGAAAUAUUUCCUGUGCCUCAAGUCCAACAGUAAUGUCAAGCUCUGGUAGCUGUAGCUCAUUAUCGCCUAUUGGACCCCUUUGUAGGCAAAGAUCAUUAGCAAAUGGUGCUUUGUGUUCCGAGUGUAGCACAUCAGGUGUUUCUUCACCAAAUUCUAACUACCCAAAAGCACCAGGUUUUGAACGAGAGGAUCAGGUGAAACAGAAAAGCCUGCCAGCCGACAAUUAUCAGAAAAUAAGUGAACAAGACAAUAAGCAGAACCACCUCAGUGUUUUUUCAGUGGUUAAUCCACUUGCUUCAAGUAUAACCUCCAGUAUAACUUCUAGUCUGGCUUCCAGUAUUGGAUCAGAUAAUUCAUCCCCAACAGCUCUCUCAGCUAUCAGUGCCAAAGCUCUCCCAUUCUACCCUGGCAGUAAUACAGUUGAAUCAGUUAUAGGUUCUGCUUUAGAUCUACAUUUUAGUGAUAUAAAUGUCGCAUCCUUAGAUAAAGAAUUAGAAGAUCAAGAAAACAGUGACCUUGGAUUAACAAGUCAAAGGUUACUGGGAAGUUCAGCUCCAGUCAAUAUUCCAGGUUCUGUUGCUCGUUCCUCAUCUUUACAUUCGUCAUCUUCCCUUUCAACCUCUCCACUCAGUUCUCUUUCACAGUCGUUGUCUCAGUCUUUUAUUUCAUCCACUAUGGCUCCUCACCAACAGCAGACUCAGCCUUUGAAAUCAGAACAUAGUAUGUUAGGCACUUCAGCCUCUUCUCAUAACUCUUUAGGUGUUACAGGGAGCAUUUGGGACUUCAUAACUGGGAGUUUCUCUCCUAGUCCAUCCCCAAUAUUGAACAGUGGUACUGUACCCUCAACAAACUCAAACACCAGUGGAAGUGAAUUAGCUCACGUUAGACAGGAACUUGAUGAUGCCAAUCGAAAAAUAAAAGAAUGGGACGAUUCUUGGCAACAAGUAAAGCAGGCAUGUGAUGCAUGGCAAAAAGAGGCCCAAGAGGCAAAGGAACGUGCUAAAGUGGCAGAAGCUGACAAAAAACUAGCUCUUCGGAAAAAAGAAGACUUAGAAAAUAAAUUAAAAAAGCUGCAGGAACAAUUUGAUAUAUGUCUGUCCACUACAGUACUCCAUAUGAAAAGCUAUGGCGAUAUAAAAAAGAUACCAUUACCAAAGCUUCAUUCUUUACAAAACCAGCUGCGUUUAGAUUUAGAAACAGUAGAUGGGGUAAUUUUCCAACUUCAUUCAAAGAAGUGUGUUGUAUGCCAAGAACAUGACCGGAGUGUAAUCCUGAAGCCAUGUCAACAUUAUGUACUUUGUGAACACUGUGCAGCUAAACAACAGGAAUGUCCUUGCUGCAAGAUGAAAAAAAGAAAUGGUGAUGAAAAGUCAUGGUACUUAUAAUCAUGUUAAUGAACUAAAUAUAUUUUAUGUUCUGGUAUUUUAUAUAAGAAUUAUAUCUGUAGUAAUUAAUUCAUUUACUAGUGCUAGACUGAUCUCCAUUUUGACCUUAUAAGAUAUUUUAGUUGUUUUUACUAUAGGAAAUGUGGUUUGGCUGCCUUUACGUAUUGAAUUCUGUUAAUGAAGUUCUAAAGUUCCGUGGUUAUUUCUUUCCCCACCUGCCCUUUUCAAUUUUCCACUUACAUUCCUGGUGCACAAGCUACUCAGGUUCACUUACAGCAUAAUCACUUCUUACAGGUGUGUACUCGCAAUGCGUGAAUGGGGGAUUUAUGCCCGUGCCUCCCAUUAGAAUUAAUGUAAGACACUCAUGUAAAUACAAUACUUGUUGAUGGGAGGACCUUACCCCUCACCAUGUUUAGUGUGCUGUAAUCCUUUGCCAGUAUUUUUUAAUCAGUCUAACACUACUGUUUACUUGGUUAUUUGAAGAAAUUUGAUUCCUGUAAAAGCACUUUGCUAACUGUUUUUUGUUAGAGAUUGUUAUAAAUUGCUUUAACCUGCUUUCUAGGUUUUAAUGUUUAUUUUUUUAAUAUGCGGUAUGAAGCUUUGUGUGUGUACUGUGAACUUAAAAUAUUUAUAUCAGUUUUACUGUUAAAUCAUAUUAUGAUAGGAUAGUAUAGUUAAAUUUCAUUUUUGGCUUUAGUAGUUACUAAAUGAACAGUUACAUAUAAAUGAGAACUUGCCUAGAAUUUUUACAGUUCAAGUCAACUGCAGACUAAUAGUAUUUAUAAGUAUACUAGCAGAGGGUGACAUUGAAAGAGACACAUAUGCGUAAAUAUUCAAAUACUUUUUUUUUAUUUUGUGAAACAAACCAGUUUUCUUAAACAACUGUGCAUUUGCAUAUUGCCCCAAGUUGGAUUUUUGUAGUCUUAAUGAACACAUUUGUAUAACUCCUAAUCUGUGUGAUUACCUAUCAUGAAUUGAUAUAAUCCAUAGUCACUUUUACCAAGUGCCUGUGCCUUGCACCCCGUAAAAUUGCAAAAUAUGUGAAGGAAACCAUUUGCAAACAAUUUAUACCACCUAAUUCUGUACAGGACAAUUGGAUGAUAAUUAAAAUUUAAUAGAAUUUCAAAAUAAUACCUUGCAAUGAGCAAAAGAUACUAGGUUUUGUUUUUACAUAAAUAAAUACAAUACACCUUUGGGUUUAGCUCUAAAAUUAUUUAAAUAUUUUAUCAGACAAUGGUGAUUUGUUGUAAUGAUUUUUUUUAAAAAAAGUUGUCCAUAUUUAAUGCUGAUGAUUAGGAGUAUGCAAUUUAGGAGAAGUUAAUUAUUGUAUCUUAACACUGUAUCUUGUUACUUUCCUUAAAGUUAACUAUUCUUGUAGGGAAGAGUUACCUGUGGUGUUACUUUUCUUUCCUGUUAAAUACAGGUAUGACACAAGUACAGCUUACGUUCAAAUGACCUACAACUGUGUUACAUAAUGUGUAUAUUCCUAUUAAUUAAUACAUUAAUGAACAAGAAGUGCAUUGAUAUGACCAGCAAAGAGUUUAAUUAUUUCUGAAGUUUGUUCAGAUGCAUUGCAAUAGAAACAAGAUAUAUGCUAAAUUGUAUUUAUGAUCUUGAAAAAUAUCUUUGAGAUUUGUAUCAGUGUUAAAGAAUUCAGAGCCCAAUCCAAAGCCCCCUAAAGUCAAUGUGCUUUCAUUGAUUUAUGCGCACUUUGGACUAGGCCUUGAGUUAGCAGAAAAAAGCACGUAAGAUUACAUUUAUUGUAGUAAUAAAAUCUACAGAAUCAUCACUACCUUGUUCUAUCAAACUGUGAGAACAUGGAGAUCUUUUGAGAAUGAGGGAGGGAAGAUAAAGCCCAUGAUGGAUUUACAUUUGGAACUGGAGCUCUUAAAAAGUAAUUUACAAACACAAUAGUCUGAAGAUAAUUGUCAAACAUUUUUAAACAGGUUUUAAGGUUGAAUUUCAUAAUAUGGCCUAAUGCAUUUUUCACAUAAUUUUUUAACAUUUUCUCUCAACAUUGUAUAUUGAAAUACUUUAUUACUAUAAUUUCAUUUUCAGCAAUAUGUUUGUCUCUCCUGAAAGAUGAUUUUCUGUUAUCAUAGAAGUAGAACCAGUUUAGAUUUUUUUUUAAGUGGUACUUGAAUCACUAAGCUUUGCUGUGAGUAUUAAUGGACUUCUACACUUGUGGAGUCUUUGCCAAAGAUUUUUUUUGAACAUUAAUUAACUUUUGAACAUUGGACUAACUUCUCUAGCUCUUUGCUAACAUAGUUAACUAAUAUUCUUAGCAGAUUUUAGUGAAAUAAAUCCAAAUUAGAUUGAAAUGUGGUCAUAUGUGUCAAUGUUCAGUUCAUUACUUAAGAAAUUUUGAAAUAUUUUUGUGCUACUUUUGUCACAGUUUAUAGUUCUUUAUAUACAUUACUGUGCAUUUGUGUAUCAUCCUAGGACCUUUUCUUUGGUCUUUUCUUUUUGUAAUAGGAGGUUUUUAAAAUCUCUAGCUGAUGCUUUUCAAUUUACAAAUGAGUUUUAACAGCAAGGACAAAGUAAAUUGUCACAUUAACGUGCACAGUUUGCACAUACUGUCUUUUUAGAUGAAAUCAACUAAUUAUUGGGUAAACUUUUUCAAUUUUUUAGCAUUUGUAUGUUACAUAAUUAAUGUUGAGAAUGAUUACAUAGCUGUGUAUUGUUGUUUACAAGUGGGGGAAAAAAAUGUAAAUAUAUCCUGGGAGCAGCUGAGUUGGCUUUUGGACAGAUCUAAAUUUGAGUCUUGAAGGAAAAAGAUAGACCAAAGAAAUGUUACCUAUGAGUGAAAUUCCCAGAGUGAACAGCUUGUUGCUUGUUACCUUGCGGAAAUAUUGUUAGGUAGUUACAUGAACCACAUGUAGCAUUCACAUAAAAAAUGCUAUAAUUAUUUUCCAAUAAGCCCAUUCCCUGAGGAAUUAUAAGCAAGGUCUCAUUAACUUUUCUUUUUACAGAUUAACUCAGUUACUUAAAAAUUAAGAAUUAUUGGAAACAUUUUUACAGUGAUACUUUUAAAUCCAGGAUAAUGCAAUAUAGGCAGCAUAAAUUAGCAGUUGUACUUCAAUGAAAAAAUAUUACAAGGGAAGUAUUUACAUUAGUGAAUUUUUGUCCUGGUGAUACAAACGCUAUGUAGAUGCACUAAAAAUAUAUUUGAGCAAGAAUAUAAUAUUGUCAUUUGUUAGAUGAGCAAAUUAUAUAAAGGUAAAAUACACUCAUUUGUUAGUUUCAUUCUAGUGUUUGAAGGCAGUUUGACCAAGUUAUCAUGUAAAUUUAUGUAAAAGUAUUAAUACUUUUAUGUGAAUGCAAUUAACUUGUUAUUAUGCCCUGGGGUAUAGUAGAUGAAAAUUACAGUUUCUCAGGGUUUUAAAAUCAAGAACUGUAAUUUAACAGAAAGUUUGCUAAAUUCAGAUAGAUCCCAAGCUGCAUCUUAUGGUUUUGUUAUUUAGUCUUUUUUGAAUAGCAGAUUAUUAAAAACAUCUGUUUUGUUAUGUAUUGCUAUUCAGACUAUCCUAGUGUUAAAUAUUAAUAGUAAUAUUAUUACUGUCACAAUAUAUUUGUGUAACUGUGGUCAGCAAAAUACCUUAAAUGGAUGUGGAAUUUUUACUUGUAUUAAUUUAUGGAACCUUUUAAUGUUCUGAGUGCAUAGACAGAAAUGGUAUUGUGAAUGGAAAUGUUCUUAACUGAGAAGGUAUUUAUAAUGCAUAAUCAUUUACUUGUAGUGAAUUGUUAACACUUGUUAAAACUUUUUUACACUAUAGCAUUUAUGCAAUGGUUUACAGAAUUCAUGGACUUAUUUUUAUUAUCGAUAUGAAAUUAAAAUUUUUGAUCUUUA